AUGGAUAUGGGCAACCUGGAUAUUAACAGUAAGUUUUCUGCAAUGUGCUUCAAUAUUUUACGCUUGAACGGACAGACUGUUUAAUUUCAAAUUUUCGAAUUGUUUGUAAUUUUGUAAAUAAGAUACACAGUCCGCGAGGGGAACCAGUGGCCAAAAGCGCCUCCCUUUACCUUUAAUAUGGAGAGGGAGACACUCAAUCCCCCAUGAAAUUGCAGUUUAAGUAGAAAAAACAAUGCUAUUUUCGGUCACAGAGAGAUUUAUUUAUUGACAUUCGGAAUGCCUCUUUGAGGCAAUCGGAGGCACUUUUGGCCACUGGAUCAUGUCCGCAUUGCAGAAAAUGUUUAAAAUAAAGUAUUUUGCUUGUUGUUGAUAAAGAUUUUACACUGUAUAGUAACCUGCCUAGUGUCUAAAAUACGAUGGCUACCGUUGAUUGUGCCCGAAGAAGAGCAGCAUUGGGUGAAGUGGCUGACAAUCUUCUCUAUUACUCAACAAAGCAUGUUCAUCGCAGCCACCAUUCUUAACUUCUACUUCUUUUAUCGGGUCAAACACGCCACUUCUAUUCACGUCAAUUUUCGAAUUAUUUUGGUAAGCAUUGUUCUACAAUUUGCAUCAUUAUUUUGUAUUCAUAUUGUAGCGUUAAGGUUCAUAUUUUAUGUUUAAUUCGAUGAUUUUUAUUUUUAAGUGUUGUACAUCAAUUGCUUUCCAAUUAAACACCGGAUCCCAUUUUAUUCUCCACAAAAUUCUGGAAUAUACCGAACACGUAGAAGAUCGCUUUAUACCUAAUGUAUUAGCUUACAUUUGUUGUAAUAUCCAUAUGAUCAAUGUCUUUGGAGCUGCCACUUGUAUGAAUAUGAUUGCUCUGGAACAACAUCUGGCGACUAUUUGGGUGGAGAAUUAUGAGCAAAAGACGAAGAAGAUUGGAGUAAUUCUUAUGUUGCUUGUGGUAAGUCAGAAAAUUUACACGGAUAGCAGAAAGAGAUAUAUCGGUAAUUUAUGUAUACAUAUAUGUGCACAUGUUCAAAUUUUUUCAAAUUUCAGGCAGCUCAAUGCAUCCCAACAGGAUUGUUUUACCAAAAUACCCUUGUCACUCGAUGGGAUUUCCACACAACUUAUAAUUCAUGUCUUCUGCCCGAUAUCAACCCACAAGUCGGUUUCCAAUCGUUUCUUCUAGGGUUUAUCACACUUUCUGGAUGUUCUGUGGUAGGCGGCUUUUUUUAUGACAAUUUCGUGGCACAAGCUAGCCAUUUUCAAAGUUGCUGGUUGCAUUUUUACCCUUUAUUUUUAGUGGCUGAUGGCGUUGCGUCAUAUAAAUGAAAAACGGAUGAGAAGUCGACUUGCCCUGACCAGUUUGAGUGCUCGGUUUCAACAGACCAAAAACUCUGAAAACACGGCUUCAAUCACUCCUUCCAUGAUUGGCUAUGCUGUCUUGGCCGUCUCUGGUUUAUUUAUUGAAGGAGCCAGAAUUAAACUUAACAACUACGCUUGUGUUCAGGACAGAAUCUUGCUGAAGGUAAGCGAAUUAUCUUCCAUUUGGCCUCACGUUUCUACCUUUCACAUGACAUCUUUGAAUUGCAGUGGGUAUUCAUUGUGAUGGACGGCUACGCUCUCUACCACAACUUCUGUUUCCUCUAUUAUAAUCACUCCACUCGCCGAGAAGUUCUUCGAGAUUUAGAACGAAUUUUUGGCUGGGAUAUGCGCCACAAAGCGAACGUCGUCAAAACAAACAGUGCCAUUGGAGAGCAGGCAGCAGAAACCUACUUCAAUAACUUUGGGUGGUGA